AUGUCUUUGACCGGCCAAUCCUACGUGGUCCGCUCUCCCGGCGGGCCAAUCACGCUUGAAACUAUACACUACGACCGGAUUGGCGACCACGAGAUACUCGUCCGGACUGUUGCAGUAUCAGUAUGUGCGUCGGACAUCAAGGCUGCCGAGGGCAAGUUCUUCAUGAAGCCGCCGAUGAUACUGGGCCAUGAAGGGGCCGGGAUCGUGGAAGAGGUCGGGGCCAAGGUCACGGCAUUCAAAAGAGGAGACAAAGUCGUUCUGCACUACAGCAGCUGCAAGUCUUGUGAUGCUUGUGUCACGGGCGGCAACCCUUACUGUGAGCGGAUGGAGCAGCUGAACUUCGGAGGACUACGCGAAGACAACGACUCAACCAAGUUUGCCACGGCAGCGGAUGGACAGUCACUGAGUGCCCUAUUCUUUGGCCAGAGCUCCAUGGGACAACUGGCCCUGGCCAGGGAAACCAGCGCAGUCAAGGUCGAUGCAACGGCUGACGAACUCAAGCUCUUCGCCUCUCUGAGUUGUGGAAUUCAGACGGGAGCAGGCGCGGUGCUCAACGUCUGCAAGCCUCCACCAGGUGCUGCUUUUGCUAUCUUUGGCGCCGGCGCCGUUGGUCUGGCCGCAGUCCUGGCGGCUAGGCUAUGCUCACCUUCACAUGUUAUCGUCAUUGAUAUUUCACAGAAGAAGCUCGACUUGAUCCCGCCAGGGCUUGCUACUCAUACUAUAUGCUCGCUUGGGUCGGAACGAGGGUCAGUCGCCGCGCAGCUCAAGGAAAUAACUGAAGCAAGAGGUGUUGAUUAUGCCUUGGACUGUGCUGGACUCGGAGAGCUCAUUACAGAAGGUUUCGCUGCUCUCAAAAAGCGAGGGAUGGUGGUCUCCAUUGGGGGUGGGAACACACAGGCUUCCCUGCAUACGACGGAGAUGCUCGUGAAGGGAGCGACCUAUAGAGGGACACACCAAGGCGACUCCGUGUCGCAAAUCUUCAUACCGCGUCUGAUCAAGCUUUGGAGGUCUGGUCAGUUCCCUUUCCACAAGUUGCUCUCGCACUACAAGUUGGAGGAUCUCCCCCAGGUACUGGACGAUUUGAAGAAUGAUAGGAUCAUGAAGCCAGUGUUGGUUAGUACAUGA